AUGUCAAACUCCAAUGUCGAGAGCACUGAAAUCACUCUUAAUUCAAGUGUUCAACAAGACAAUGGAAUCACCAUUGACAAUUCUCAUUCCUACUUUCUUCAUCAAUUUGAUGCACCAGGAAUGGUCCUGGUCAAUACUCCUUUUGAUGGCAAAGGAUAUCCAGGAUGGAGAAGGUCUAUUCUUAUCUCUUUUUCAACAAAAAAUAAGUUGGGCUUCAUAGAUGAAGCUUGUCCUGCUCCAAACUUGGCUGAUCCGACCUUUAAACUCUGGAGUCGUUGCAAUGAUAUGGUAAUAUCUAGGCUUUUAAAUUCUCUUUUUAAAGAUCUUGCUUCUAGUGUUCUUUACUCUAGAACAACCAAAGAUCUUUGGUCAGAUCUUGAACAUAGAUAUGGUCAGCCCAAUGGGGCAAAAUUGUAUCAUCUGCAGAAAGAAUUAGAAGAUUUAGUCCAAGGAUCUACUGAUAUUGCUGUUUACUUCACCAAGAUGAAAAGGUUAUGGAAUGAGCUGGACACUAUAAAGGCUAAUAUGUUUUGCAGUGAGUGUUCAAGUGAAGGAAGAAAAGAAUAUGAUUCAAUUCAAAGGAGAUGA